AUGCCCGACUACGACGACGCCCUCGAGGCGCGCAUCCCAACCACGUCCCCCGACGCCGUGCGCGAGCUCCUGCUGCACGCCUGGUCGCGCGACCUGCCCGCCCUCAAGACGCUCCUCGCCGCGCGCCCCGGCGCCGCCAGCGAGCAGGAUCCGACGACCGGCGAGACGCCCCUGCACGCCGUCGUCCGCGGCUGCGGCCCGGCCGCCGACGAGGAGGAAGAGGACGGCGGGGCGGUGGUGGAAGAGGCCCGCGCCUGCAUCCAGGAACUCUUCUACGGCGGCGCCAUCUGGAACGACGUCGACAACCACAACGAGACGCCCGGGUGCACCGCCGCGCGCCUCGGCCAGACCGCGCUGUACCGCAUGUUUGUCGAGGCGGGCGUGCGCGCGGAGAUGCUGUUUGGGCUGAUGAACGAGUACGAGCAGCUGUCGUCUGCCGGGGAGGACGAGGACGAGGAGGAGGGGCAGGGUGAGGAAGACGCUACGCAGGAUAUGGAAGGAGAAGAAAAGUACGAGGCGGAAGCGGACAAGGCGGACGAGGAAAUGACGGCAACAGCUCCUGCGCAGUUUGUGCCUCCGGACGCGGGUGAAAAGACAGUCACCAGCGAUGAGUACCUGCAGUCCACCAUUACAUACGACGGCGACAAGCUUCUCGACGACGACCUCAACGGCGUCAUGAUGGCCUGGGAGACGGACAUUAUGCAGCGCUCCGUCGCCAGCCUCCUGCCGCCGUCCCCCGCCAGCACCGGCCCGCGCAUCCUCAACAUUGGCUUCGGCAUGGGCAUCAUCGACGGUCUCUUCGCCGCGCACGCCCCGUCCAAGCACCACAUCAUCGAAGCGCACCCGGGCGUCCUCUCCCACGUCGGCGAGACCGCUUUCGGCGCCGCCUGGGAAGCCCGCAGCCCCGCGCCCGGAGCCUUUCAGAUGCUCCCCGGCAAGUGGCAGGACGUGGUGCCGACGCUCGUUGCCCGCGGCGAGCUGUACGACGCCAUCUACUUUGACACAUUUGGGGAGGACUACGCGGAGCUGCGCACGUUUUUUACGGAGCACGUGCCCGUGCUGCUCGACAUGGACGGCCGGUUCGGCUUCUUCAACGGGCUCGGCGCCGAUCGGCGCGUGUGCUACGAUGUGUACGCGCAGGUCGUGGAGAUGCACGCGUCCGAGGCUGGGCUAGAUGUCGAGUGGGAGACGGUCGAGGUGGACAUGAGCGAGCUUAACGAGGACGGUAAGGGCGCGUGGGAAGGCGUUCGUAGACGGUACUGGACGUUGGACAGUAAGUUUCUUGACCCGCCUUGCUACUGUGAAUUGCGCUAA